UUGAGUAAUUUUGGCUGUUCUCUAUUUAGAGUAGUUGUGAGAAGUUCCUAUAUAUUUCAUAUCAGUUACAUGUCAUAUAUAAGUUGUUAAUUCUUGUGGUUCACUAUGUUUCUCAUGAUUACUCUUGUCAACCGAACACAUUAUAUGUUUGUUGAAUCACAUGGUGAUCCUCAAGCAUAUUGCUUUCUUUAUGCCAUCUAUUUGCAGGCUCAAGAUAACAUUAUGAACCUUCCAUUAUUAAAUGGUUGGGGUGAAGUGGAAAUAUGUUGAGGCAAAUGCUGCUGCAUAUUACUAUCAUGGUUUGAUCCUUGAUGAGGGUAACAUAGAAAAAUUUCAUGGGAUGGCUGUAGCUGCUUUGCAAGCAGCAGAUGAGUAUUUCAAAGAAAGUAAGAAGGCAUGCGAAGCAUUUAACGCUGCUCCCCAUUUGUCAAGAAAUCCACCGCUCUGGGGAACCAUGAAGUAUCUAUCUGAGAAAAUUCCAAAAGAUGCUUCAAGCAAAGUGCGGAUAAAACGUGAUCUGUACUCACACGAAAAAAUCAUGGAGACAGCACCAACAUUGCCUAAUUUCGCAUUGGCCUUGAAACCAGAGAAAUUCCAACUUCCUCCAGUAGACCCCUCUUGGAACAUGGAGCACAUGAAUAAGGGCUCCAACCAGCUUAGGAAUGACAGAAUAUAAGCAAUACAUGAGUGUAGUUUUCUGCAUUCGAUUUGGCCACAUGUUGUAGUUUUUUCU